AUGGAGAUCGUCCUCCUGGCUCUCCUGCUUUCGCUGCUCGUGGUGCUCAAAUGGGCAUUGGGGCGUGCAGCAGCGGGUCGGGAUGCAGCCAGCGGCGUGGCGGGCAAGGCGGCGGCGCGGGUCCCGCCCACCGUGCCCGGCCUGCCGCUGCUGGGCAGCGUGCUGGCGCUGGGCUCCAGGGGCGCCGCCUUCCUGCAAGAGUGCCGGCAAAAGUACGGCUCUGCCUUCACGCUGAGGCUGGCGGGGCAGCGCAUGACGUUUGUGUUUGCGCCCGCCGCACUCCAGCACUACUUCUCUGCCCCAGACACCCAGCUCACGUUUGCCCCGGCGUUCACGCACCGGGUGUUUGGCCUGCCGCCCAAGCACUUUUACCACCGCCACUUCGCCAUGCUGCAGGCAAGCAUGCCGCCUGCGCUGCGCCACGAGCUGGUGCCCUCCUCGCUGCCUCAGCACACGGCCCGCCUGCUGCGCCUGCUGCUGGCCCACCUGCGCAGCUGGCCCGCCGCCGGCCAGCUGGACCUGGUUGCGGAGCUCAAGGCGCUCGUCUUCCAAGCCUCGGUGGCCCUGCUCUUCGGGCCGCGCUUCUUGCUGGGGGGCGAGCCAGACGCCCGGCAGCAGCAGCAGCAGCAGCAGCAGGAGGAGGAGCAGCGGCAGGAGCAGGAGGAGGAGUGGGAGCGGCAGCAGCAGGCACGCGUGCAGCAGGAGGGAGGCGACGGGGCGGCGCAAGCGGGGAGCCCGUGCGGCGGCGGCCGGCUGGGCAGCCCCGAUCCGCAGAGCCGAGCCCAGCGCCUGCAGCAAACCUUCUUCGUGUUUGAGGCGGGAUUUGAGCUGGCAGCCUCGCCGGUGCCGCACCUCCUGCAACCCCGCUUCCUGGCCGCCCGCCGCCGCCUGCUGGCCGCGCUCCGGGAGUCGCACCGGGCGGGGCACCUGGAGGGCACAGUGGCAGGCAGGCUGGUGGAGGCGUGCGGGCUGCCGGCGCCUUACGUAGCCAACAUGCUGCUGGCGCUGCUGUGGGCGUCGCAGGCCAACGCCGUCUCCUCUGCUUUUUGGACCAUCGGCUUCCUGCUGCUUCCAGAGAACAGCCAGCACCUGGCGGCGGUGGUGGCAGAGGCGUGGCAGGCGGCGGCGGCUGGCGCGGGGGGCGGCGGCGCGGCCGGCGGCGGCGUGCGGCCCGGCGCGCGCGGCCGACAUGGGGCGGAGGGCGAGGGCUGGCUGCCGCUGAGCGAGGCGCAGCAGGAGGGGCUGGUCGCGCUGGCGGCCGACCGGCGCUCGCACGCGGCGGCGGCUGUGGCCGAGGCGCUGCGGCUGAGGAGCUUCAGCGUGGAUGUGCGCAUCGCUGCGGCGGACGUGGUGGUGCCGUGCGGGGAGCGGGCGAGCGCAGGAGAGGGGAUCUGGGUGCGGAAGGGCGACAUGGUUGCCAUCUCGCCUUAUGAGGAGGGCAUGCGGCUCGGCGGCAGCACCUCGGUGCACGGCGCGGUGGUGGGCAUGGGCGGGGUGGCGGGGGUGUCGUUCGGGGGCGGCAAGUACCGCUGCCCUGGGCGGUACUUUGCGGAAGCUGAGCUGGCGCUGGUCACUUCCCUGCUGCUGCUCCUCUUUGACUGGCAGCUGCUGCCACGCGGGCAGCAGGGAGCCGCGGCGCCAGCGCCGGCAGCGGCAGCGCUCACCUCUGCUAGCCGCGCGCAGCAGCGCCAGCAGCAGCGCCGGCAGGCCAGCGUCCCUGGGGACCCUGGAGGGCUGCUGCCUCCGCCAGACCUGCACAAGCUGGUUGGCAUAAAGGUUCCCGCGGAGCCGUGCUGGGUGCAGUACCGCCGCCGGCAGCCGCCCGUACCGGGCAGCUAG